AUGAGAUCAACAAGUAAUGUUUGUGAUCCGAAUGAGAUAUUCAGUGAAUCGGAGCGAUAUCGGCUGAACACUGCACUUCAAACAUUGGCGACAAGGAGUGGUGGCGGGAAAGCGGAUUUCUGUGAUCGAAAGGGAAUCGAGGCUGUAUUGGCUGUCACUGAUGAAGGAAAUCAAAUCUUCGCCGAUGAACUGACCAAGAAAUGGGCAAUUGAUGUUCAAUGCCAGAAAUUUGUUCUCUUCGUCUACUCGUCAAACGAUGAAAAAGUUUACAUGUCAUCGCAAGCAAAGAGCGGAAUUUCGGCUGAUGACUUCAAGUUGAUCAACGAUCAAUACAAGAAUCAAUUGCAGAAUGGAGAUAAAGCAAAAUUGUUGGCAGCUAUGCUGAAAGAUAUUGGUAACACGAAGUACGGAGAGGAGAGGAACACUCAUCCAGUUCAUCCUGGAAAUUCAAAGACCACAAAUUCGCUGAGAAAUCUUUUUGCCGUCUUUAUUGCUUUGAUUUUGACAUUUAUUUUCCUU